CUGUCCAAGAUCUCGAUCCAUGACGAUGGCAACUCGAAAGUCGAUAUCAAGAGAGACUUUGCUCAAGAUUCAACCUCCAGACCUUGGACUGCACGCGGCUCAAAGGAACGGCGUACCACCUCGAGGUUUACCUGUUCAUCUAAGAUCUUGUUUGACGCUGGGGUGUUGGUACAGUCUUCUGGUCAGCGAGAUUCUGGUUAAGCCAAACGAGUAGCCAUAGGAGAAUAAACAUGAACUCGACAUCUGCAGCGGAAUCAACGACGGUCAAGGGAGGCAAGAAAACCAUAUUUAUCACUGGAUUUGCGGACGAUGUCAAGGAACAGGAGUUACUUCAAGCCUUUGUGACGUUUGGUGAUAUCAUUGAGAUCUCGGUACCCACGGACCCUCGAGACCAGUCAAAACAUCGAGGGUUCGCGUUCAUAACCUAUUCAUCAUCGAUGGACGCACAGGAUGCGAUUGACAAUUACGACUUCAACGAACUACCGGGCCGUCAGGGGAGAGGGAAAUACCUGAAGGUGAACAUUGCUAAGCCGGACAACAAGGCGGCUGGAGCGGGUGGUAUGCGCGGCGAUCGAGCGGUCUGGGCGGCAGAGGAAUGGCUAGUGGAACACGCAAAGCCUCUGGACGAAUCGAGAGGACCGGACAUGCAAGCACCGCUCCCUCCCGGUCUCAGGCGGGCCGAAGCCUCGAACAAUCCCGUAGAGGAAGCUGGGGAUGUCACGAUGGAGUAGAGUCGAGCAGUUUUCAGUGUUUCCGGCGGACAGGAUCUAGAUGUUCAUGUAAAUGUCGCACAGCACAGCAACGCUUGUCAAAGGUUGCGCGGAUUCACCUUGUUGUAUAUAGAACUCGAUCAAAAUAAUAAUCAGUCGCCUAGCCAU